AUGAAGAGGCAGAGAGAGCCCUAUAAGAAGACGAAGAAAGCUAAGAGAGAAAAGCUGGGAGAAACUUUUGUAUCUAUACCACCUGUGCCUCUGGUCUCAUCCUCUUCUCCAAGUAAGUCUUUACCUUCUAACUCUCCAUCUUUACAUUUAAGGCAAAUGUCUUCUUCCCUACCCGAACCUUCCUCAAUCUAUACAUACUAUGAACCUACACCCUCCACCACAAAUCCCUAUGAAACACCCACGUCUAACCCACCAUCACAUCCCCUUCAAAAAUUCAAUCUCACCACCACAACCCUGCCCAUAUCCGAAGCUCAACUGUUCAAUGAACCCAUAUCUCCACCCUCAUUAACACCCUCAUCCCCACCUUACUAUACCAUCUCCUCUGAUUCUGAACCAUCUGAGCUCCAAUCCCCCACUAUCACUCAACUCCAGGCCCGCGCCCUCUCCGCCCACAACCAACCUGAACCAGAAACAAAUAUUCCUUCACCGUCUGAACAACCUCCAACAUCUCCAUAUGAACCACACAUAGAAACUCCCACUGAAAACCCCAUUACCCAUCAAUCUGAACCUCCCACUGAAACCAUCCCCACACCACCAACACCUACAUCUCCAACCUCUGAACCAGAACCCACCUUUGCCGCCCUGGAAGAAGCAGUAACCUUAUUUGGUGAGUCUUUAGUGGAGAAGAUCAAAUCACUAUCUGAAAACUCUAGAAUCAGUGAUGAUCCCUCUGUAGUGAGGAUUCACUGGAAUAGGGACCGUCUGACCAGAGAGGCAGAAGAGAGAGCUAGAAGAGAAGCUGAAGAGAAGGCUUGUCUAGAGGAAAACCAAAGAGAAAGAGAAGUUGCAGAAAAGGCCGCCACUGAGGCUGCUACUGCUGCUGCUGAAGCUGAAGCCAAAGCAAAGGCUAAUGCUGAAGAAGUAGCACGCAUAGCCACGAAAGAAGCUGCUAAGACUAGGGAGGAUGCUCUGACUCAGAGGGAGCAAUCUCACUUUGAUUUCGCUCCUCUAGUGCUGAAGACUCUGGAAGAACUACAGAAGGAACAAGAGAUUGUGACAGCAAGACUAGAUCAAUAA